AUGGCCUUCGCAGUGGCAGCAUCACCUUCAAUGGCGAUCUCCGUUCACUGUUCUACUCGAUCGCGUUCAACAACUGGAAAGCAUAGCAGUAAUGACAACAAUCCACAAAAACAAGGUCGUGUGGUUGGAAACUUUGGGCAUUUUGCGCAAGUGGUUCGCAAGGACGUCGAAUUUAUAAAGAAAGGCAUCGGUAAAGGUGUUGAAUUGGCCAGUGAAGUUCUUCGCAUUCCUCAGCUAUCCAAAGCCCUGGAUGAUAUCAUUUGGCUUCGAAAUCUCGAAGACACUCGUUCGACUGAUUUUCAGCUUCCCUCUUGGCCUCAACCUUACUAUCCAGAACUCUCUGGUGUGGAUUUGUUUGUGGCCGAUCUCAAAGCCUUGGAUCUAUCAACGAAAUGA